GUUACCCUACCAGAAAAACUCUGGUGGAUGUUACGAUCACAGUCGCUCACGCGCCUCUUUCAUUCCGAACCACAGUAAUAGAAUUCUAUAGAAAAGAAAACUGCAAGUGGAAGUGAAGCAAAUUCUUCUGUGCCCCUCCUUCAUUUCUUUCUAAUGAAGCAAAUGAUGAAUCUGUCUCCAACUCUAUCGAUGAACGCGCCCUUUGGAGGGGCCAGCGCCUCGAAUCCAGCUGCCUCCGGAGCUCCGGCCAUGAAGGAUCGGAAGAUUUCAUCGGCGGAGCAAUUGGUUCUCGACCUCAGCAGCCCUGAUCUCCGAGAAAACGCUCUUCUCGAACUAUCCAAGAAAAGAGAAUUAUUUCAAGAUUUGGCUCCAUUGUUGUGGAAUUCAUUUGGUACUAUUGCUGCACUUUUACAGGAGAUAGUUUCUAUUUACCCUGUUCUCUCACCACCAAAUCUAACUCCAGCUCAGUCAAAUCGAGUUUGCAAUGCCCUUGCUCUACUUCAGUGUGUAGCUUCUCAUUCAGACACAAGGAUGUUAUUCCUAAAUGCUCAUAUACCCUUAUAUCUGUAUCCUUUCCUCAAUACAACAAGUAAAUCAAGGCCUUUUGAGUACUUGAGGCUUACUAGCUUAGGUGUCAUUGGUGCCUUGGUGAAGGUUGAUGAUACAGAAGUUAUUAGCUUCCUUCUUUCGACAGAGAUAAUUCCGCUAUGCCUCCGAACAAUGGAGAUGGGUAGUGAACUAUCAAAGACAGUUGCUACUUUUAUAGUUCAGAAGAUUCUGUUAGAUGAUGUUGGCUUGGACUAUAUUUGCACUACUGCUGAGCGGUUUUUUGCAGUUGGUCGAGUUCUGGCAAAUAUGGUUGCAGCAAUUGCUGAGCAACCCUCUUCACGUCUUUUAAAACACAUUAUUCGAUGUUAUCUUCGAUUGUCAGAUAACCCAAGGGCUUGUGAUGCAUUGAGAAGUUGCCUUCCAGAUAUGUUGCGUGAUGCCACUUUUAGUGCAUGUCUUCGUGAAGAUCACACCACGAGGAAGUGGCUGCAACAGUUGCUUCACAAUGUCGGGGUGAGUCGGAUGCCAACACUUCAGGCCGGUGCUGGAUUUGAUCACAUGCUGGUUAGCUGAAAAACCGUACAAUCUCCUUUUAAAGUCGUCUACUUAGUUUAUUUCCUCUUGUUUUUGGUGUAUGUUAAUUUGAUUAGAUGUUGUAAUUAGUCAUUUGACCUUAAAACAGAAAUCAAAUCCAGCAGUAUAAUAGUAAAAGUCUUGGUCUAGGGUGCGGUAGCAAAGCCUAGUUGGACUUGACCAUUUUGAAUGUUUUGAUCAAGAUGAAUGUAUACCGAAAAAUAACAAUGGGGCUGCUACUGCUUCUGAAUGACAAUAAUAUCUGAUUGGUACCA